CUCCCCCUGUCCCGGUCCAGGUCCGGCUUCUGAGGAGACUCGGAGCAACCGCGGGGGACCUUACGAAGCUCGGCGUCCCUGGACGCGGCGAGCGGGGUGCUGACGCUUAUCCCCCCCAUUUCCCCACCUCACACACAUAGACAAGUUCUCGUCCUCAAGUAAGCCGUAGCGGGAGAGUGAAGGGGCGGAAGGGAAACCGGGAGUGGGGUACUUCAAAGGCCUCGGCCACCCCGGCCUGGAGUAGAGCCAGGUGGGCACCACGGCAGGGGCUGAGUCACCCUCAUGGAAGGGAGAGGACCCUACCGGAUCUACGACCCUGGGGGCAGUGUGCCUCCAGGAGAGGCGUCCGCAGCUUUUGAGCGCCUAGUGGAGGAGAAUUCCCGGCUGAAGGAAAAAAUACAAGGGAUAAAGAUGUUAGGGGAGCUCAUGGAAGAGUCUCAGAUGGAAGCAUCCAGGCUGCGGCAGAAGGCCGAACUGCUGGUCAAGGACAGUGAGCCACACACGCCACCUCCUUCCCCCUUGGACUCCUUCGACCACUUGGCUGAGCUCACAGGGAAGGAUACAAAUGUGCCAGCACCUGUUGCUGCCUCGGUAUGUUCCAGAGAGCCGCCAGUACCUGUGCCCAAACCUCCAUCCAGUGGCACCUCCUCUGAAUUUGAAGUGGUCCCCACUGAGGAGCAGAAUUCUCCACCAGAGAGCGGCGGCCACCCCAGAAACACAAUGGAGCUGGGCUCCCUGCCCCAUGAGGACAGCAACCUGAUGCUCCAUCUGCAACGCCUGGAGAACACCCUGAGUGUGUGUGCCGAGGAGCCUGACCACAGCCAGCUCUUCACCCACUUGGGCCGCAUGGCUCUCGAGUUCAACCGGCUGGCCUCCAAAGUGCACAAGAAUGAGCAGCGCACCUCCAUCCUCCAGACCUUAUGUGAACAGCUUCGCAAGGAGAAUGAGGCCCUAAAGGCCAAGCUUGACAAGGGCCUGGAACAGCGGGAGCAGGCUGCAGAAAGGCUGCGGGAAGAAAAUAUGGAGCUCAAGAAGUUGUUGAUGAGCAGCAGCAACAAAGAGGGUGCCUCUGGGCACCCAGGCUCCCCAAAGAUAGAGGGUGCCAACAAGAAGGGAGUGUCUGGACAGCAGCAGGCUAGUGUAAUGGCAGGGAAGGUUCCAGAAGUGGUGGCCUUGGGUGCAGCUGAGAAGAAAGUGAAGAUCCUGGAGCAGCAGCGCAUGGAGCUGCUGGAAGUGAACAAGCAGUGGGACCAUCAUUUCCGAUCCAUGAAGCAGCAGUAUGAACAGAAGAUCACUGAGCUGCGUCAGAAGCUGGUGGACCUGCAGAAGCAGGUGACUGACCUGGAGGCGGAGCGGGAGCAGAAGCAGCGUGACUUUGACCGCAAGCUCCUCCUGGCCAAAUCCAAGAUCGAAAUGGAGGAGACAAACAAGGAGCAGCUGACGGCAGAGGCCCAGGAGCUGCAGCAGCGGGUCAAGUACCUGCAGGACCAACUAGGCCCACUCACCCGGCAGCGCGAGUACCACGAAAAGGAGAUCCAGCGGCUGAACAAGGCCCUGGAGGAAGCUCUGAGCAUCCAGGCCUCCCCUUCAUCUCCCUCAGCGUUUGGGAGCCCUGAAGGAGCUGGAGCCCUCCUGAGGAAGCAGGAACUGGUCACACAGAAUGAGCUGCUGAAACAGCAGGUGAAGAUCUUUGAGGAGGACUUCCAGAGAGAGCGCAGCGACCGGGAGCGCAUGAAUGAGGAGAAGGAGGAGCUGAGGAAGCAGGUGGAGAAAUUGCAGGCUCAGGUCACCUCGUCCAAUGCCCAGCUGAAAGCUCUCAAAGAUGAAGAGAAGGCCAAAGAAGCGCUGAAACAGCAGAAGAGGAAAGCGAAGGCCUCAGGAGAGCGCUACCACGUGGAGCCCCACCCAGAGCACCUGUGCGGGGCCUAUCCCUACGCCUACCCUCCUAUGCCAGCCAUGGGGCCACCCCACGGCUUUGAGGACUGGUCCCAGAUCCGCUAUCCCCCGCCCCCUAUGGCUAUGGAGCACCCACCUCCACACCCCAAUUUGCGCCUCUUCCAUUUGCCAGAAUAUACCUGGCGUCCACCCUGUGCAGGGAUGCGAAAUCAGAGUUCCCAAGUGGAGCUGCCCACCGCCAGGCCUGCAGAACCAGAGUCUGCAAAAAAAUGACAGUGAGGGGCCUCAGUGAGACCAGCUUGUGUCAUUUGGCUCCACCUUCAUCUUGCAGAGCCAGCUGACCUCAGAUUACCCAAAAACUAGAGGCUACAGGCUCUGUAUGGCCAGAGCCUUGGCAAGAAGGGAGGCUGACAGGA